AUGCCUUCUGCCUAUGAUAGAAUGAAGAACAUCAAAGAAAUGUUUGGGGAUCAAAAUCGUGCUGCUAAACAGACUUCUAUGAAGGAACUCAUGAACACUACUAUGGCAGAAGGGAGCGCAGUAAGGGAUCAUGUUCUGAAGAUGAUUGGUCUUCUCAAUGAACUAGAGAUCCUUGGAGCUGAAAUCAAUAGGGAAACCCAGGUCGAUAUCGUUCUCCAGUCGCUGCCUGACUCGUUUAAGCAGUUUUUCCUAAAUUACAUGAAUAAGUUCUUUUACUCAUUGGCAGAACUACUUAAAGAGCUUUAA